AGGAAGUCUAGUGAUGCUGCUCUUCCUGUUCUUGAUGAAAACGUUGAACUACAGGCCCCAUGCGGGACCUCGGCCGAGGUCCCGGAUGUCUACCGCGCCGGAAGAGAAGAAGGUCCUUUUUACAGCCAUCUUGUGGCUUCAUCUAGCGAAGUGUUCGCACUAAGCCUCGUAGAAUCGGAGGGAAAUCCUGCUGAAGGGGCGCCAUCAUGCCCGGACAAAUGCAAGAAGGUUUUGGCUGUGCCAUUACCAAUCGGUUCGACCAACUAUUUGACGACGAGUCGGAUCCCUUCGAGCUGCUGAAGCAAGCCGAAGUGAAGAAGAAGGAAGCCCCUGCUCCUGGUGCCGCCAAGACCGCGGCGCAGCUUGCCAAGCAGCCGAAGAAAGAGUCCCAGAAAGACAGAAAGGUCCCGCUAACUGACAAGAAGGAGGAGAGCCAGGCACCGGUCCCACUGAAAAAAGAUGGUGCUGGCAUGAGGAGAAUGGGCCGCAAGCCGGAUGGCGAAGGCUUCAGAGCCCCGGGUGGGCAGGGAGAGGGACGCCCCCCAGCAGACCGGAGACCUGUGGACAGACGGCCCCCCCGACGCUUCGAGAGGCCCGCUGCCAGUGACGCCGGCGAGAAGCCCGAGGGCGGCGAGUUCUCGGUGGAGAAACCUGUUGGCGAUCGGCCCAUGAGAGGACGUGGUGGUCCCAGAGGAGGCGUCCGUGGAGGACGAGGACGUGGAAUCGGUCGCAACGACGGCUUUGACUCCAGAGGAAAGCGUGAAUUUGACCGACACAGUGGCAGCGACCGAUCCUGCGGUUCUUUCAGUAGCCAGAAAGGUGAGGAGAAGCGUGGUGGAAGUGGAUCUCACAACUGGGGCACCGUCAAGGAUGAACUCAAUGAGCUCGACCAAUCAAACGUUACUGAAGAGACCCCCGAAGGAGAAGAGCAUCCCGCUGCCGACUCCGAGAACAAAAGGGAGAAUGAGGUGGAGGAGGUAAAGGAGGAAGGACCCAAGGAGAUGACUCUGGAUGAGUGGAAGGCUGUGCAGGACAAGGAGCGAGCCAAAGUGGAGUUCAACAUCCGUAAGGCCAACGAGGGAGCUAAUUGGAACAAAGGAUUCGUGCUGCACAAGUCAAAGGCAGAAGAUAAGAAGGAAGAAGUGAUUGAUCCCGAGGUCGAGGAGCCGAAGGUUGAUGACGAGCACCACUUCCGCAAGCCGGCCAACGACAUCACCUCCCAGCUGGAGAUCAACUUCGGGGAUCUGGGCCGUCCGGGCCGUGGACGCGGCGGACCGCGUGGAGGUCGAGGGGGUCGCGGCCGCGGCACUGGUGGGGGGCCGCCUGGCGCCGUCAGUGGAGAAGCCACUAGGCCGGUCCGUGCGCCGAGGCCUGAUAAGUCGUCUGCGUCGGUGCCCAACGUGGACGACCCGGAGGCCUUCCCAGCCCUGGCUUAAAGCCCAGCGGCUGUUCCUCAGGCCUACAGGAGCCUCCAGAGCACCUCCACUACGAGGCCUGCAUGUUCCUGGAUCCUUCAGCAGAGUGGAAUGAUGGAGAAGAAUGUCAUUGACUAUGACACUCAAAGUGAGGACUGAGUUUUACCCAAUAAAAACAAAACGAAGAUGGAAAAAAAAACAGAAAUUAACAAAAAAAAAACAAAAAGAGAAAAGGACUUCUUGCUACUCGGGAGCAGCUUAUUGGUAGAGGUUUUGUACUCCGAAACCAAGUAGCAGGGAUGUUUUCAUACGGUGUUUCUUUCAGAGGUUAUGCAUGGCCCAUUGAUCGUUUGUGUUAGAGAUGUAAGCAUAAGGGUUUCUUAAGCUUUGAACCAGGUAGUGUGUAGCUCCUAUGCUAACGCGCCCAUAGCCUCACGCCACAACACUUUUAUGGAUUAUUUUCUCUUGAGCACUGGGGUUUUAUUUCAUACAGGAGGUCUAUUCAAUAAGUUCGGCCUGUGAACCUGUACUAUCUUUAUAAAUUCCUGCCGAGCGUGUCAGGUGGUCUAUAUUAGUAUUAUAGGUCUUGUAUUCCAAUGCAUUCGUGAAAUGGAGCCUGAACCUGUACUACUCUUCUCUGGUACUGAUCCGAGGAUCAUUCUGAUUCUCCAUAAUUGUUUAAGCGGACGGGUCUCCACACAGUGAGAUGAGGCUGAAGUCCUCCCGCUGCCCAAAAUCCUCACAGCAUGUAAACUGUUCCUGCUGACCCCCUCUGCUCUGCAUAAUUGCUCUGAAAGGAAUACAGUGGUAGAACUAGUGUUCUCUACGAAGUGUGAACUGCAGCUCUGCUGUUAGAGGCCUCUGUCGAUGAAUAAAGGUGGUCGAUAAAUUGUU